AUGAAUUUCGAUUUGCAUGUCCUCGAUCCAGCCCUUGAUUCUGCCCACACACAAGACUCUACACUGGCCCCAUUGCAGCAAACCCCUUACCACGGCCUAAUCUUGGAGGACGAAGACGAUGCAAUUGAUUCAAGCAUAGAGGCACCGGCGGUUUCUGGAAGGCAGUCUUCGGGUAGAGGUCGCAAGAAGGCUAAAUCGACCAGGAAAGAAGUCUCCGAGCCAACACUCCACAUCUUGUUGGACUAUUGCCUCUACGUUAAUGUCCACAACCCGCAAAUUUCGGACAAGCAACGUGCGGCAUCCACGAAGGGCGACUGGGACAAGAUUGUACCCAGCAAAGACAACUUGCCGUACUUGGACACCAACCUUAUGCAUAGACACUGGGACGAGCUUCAGGACGAAAUUCUUCGGAUCAUUGGGAAUAGCCAACGGAAUCUCGAUGUCUUCCUUGAUCAAAUCAGGAGGACAGACAAUUUAAAAUUCCAUUUGUACAUUUCAAACAGCCAUUCAUUUCCCUUCAGACGCGCAUACUACUGUUCGUCUGAUGAACAACUCCGGCCAUUCGCUGAGGAAGUCGUCAAAAAGCCGCACCAGAAAGUCUUCAUCCGAGUGAUAAUGGAUGACCCGUCUGCGCAGGAUAAGUCUGAUUUUGCAAAAGAGAAGUCUGAUAAACAGAAAAAGAAGGUUGAAAAGAUCCUUGCAAUAGCGGUUGGUUCGGAUAAAGAGCGUCUCCCGCUACAACGAGAGCAAGCUCGGCAACUACAGAAUCCUCGCUCAGAUGUCAGUGGGGACCCAACUGCUCCGUGGGUGGUCCGACUUCGGCAGCAUCUUGAGCAGAAGUCAAAUGCUAAGCCUUCGGAGGUCAUUUUCUGGCCCCACAAGGACGAUGCGAAUUUGGUGCUUCGGGUGAACCAUAACCGUUUAUGGGCCUGGGCUAACGUGCUUGAGGCAAAAUCAUCCGGCCACAUAACAGAUGCCAACCGGCACGUUGACAUGGACACCCCCCCGAACGGAUCGACUUUCCAGUGGGAGCGUCGAUCUGGAAUAUCUCCUUUGAAACAUCGCGCAGCUCCAGGGAAUUCUCAUCAAAAUGAUGACUCACAAACAUCGGUCAGGAAUCCAGGUCGAAUCAACAGCGUGCCUCGGAAAUCCAUUAAUCAUUCGGCCGCCAAUACACUUGCCUCUGGUCUCUACUCAGGACCGUCUGCCUCUGGUCUCUCCUCAGGACCGUCUACGACGGAUAGCACGCCAAGUCUGCAAUUGCUCUCCCUUGACUCUGGUCGCAACACUCCGACAUUGAACGGCCCAAUCGUAUUGAGUCCUGCAAGCCGUUGCAAGACUUUAAAUUCGGACGCUGAACUCGAAGGUCGAAAGGUCGAUGAUGUCAAUGCAGUCUCCAAAGGGUCAAGCGAUUCAAUCGAGUACAUGAACAAUAUCUCGGUUGAUUAUGCCAUGUCGUCGGGAAGGCCAAACGACACUGCACAUCCAAGGAAGAUGGCCCGAAGCCCUUCGGGUUAUGGUACAUGCGAUUUCAGGUGCAUGUCAGUCUGUCCACGCGAUUCAUCACACUCGCGGUCUCCAACUCGGAAAACUCGACUCGAUCCAAGGUUACCCCUACUUCCAGCUGGCAAGAAUCUCACAAUGGAUGACUUCUUGCGGCACUGCAACAUUGACGUUGACGAUCCAAUGUGCCAGAUCUUAAUAAAAGGCCACGAUUUGAAGCACUGGUCGUUUUUUCGGGGCAAGUCAGACGAGCAGUUAAUGAGAAUAGGAUUCACACGAGGAUUGGCCACUCAUCUGAGUGAUGGUGCAAGCGAGUUGGAGCUCACUAUGGUCCAACAUGAUUUGAGUGAAGGCUAG